AUGAAUCUCGCCGCCUUCUACUACCUUUUCCAAGUACUGUGGGCAAUUCCCACCCUCGUCCGAUCUCAUACUGCAUCGUAUUCUGUCUCUCCAUUCCAAGUUUCCACCCUCCCUGAUAGCCCCGCCCUACCAACCAGCUGGGCCGGCCGACUACCGGUUCCGGGAAGACAGGGCAACGAGAUCUUCUUCUGGCUAUUCGAAACAGAACAACCUGCAUACGACGAGAACCUAAUUAUCUGGCUGAAUGGUGGUCCUGGCUGCUCCUCGCUCAUAGGCCUCACGACGGGGAACGGACCCAUUGCUUUUGCCGGAAACUCUACUCGCCUCGUUUCGAAUCCAUACUCGUGGACAAAGCUCGGUCAUGUCCUAUACGUGGAUCAACCCGUCGGCACGGGCUUCUCGCUCGCCAGUUCUCUCGUGAGGACCAAUGAACAGGCGACAGCGGAUCUGGCACUAUGGCUGCAGGCGCUCUUCAAGCAAUUCCCUCAUCUUCAGUCAAAAAAGGUGCAUCUGAUGGGCGAGUCAUAUGCAGGGAUCUUCGUGCCCUACCUCGCAUCCGCCUUGAUGGAAGGCAACCAUUCAUUUCCAAUCAAUCUCCGCUCUAUGUCGCUGGGUGACGGAUCAUGGGGUAACGCCGCAGCAAUGUCCUCCGUCGCAAUGGGCACAUACAUGCACUCCCAUGCAUCUCGCCUCGAUUUACCAAAGAAGAUCUUGAAUGUAUUUGCACUGGCAGAUGAAUUUUGCGGCUUCGACUCCGCCCUGGAAGCGGCCCACACAUACCCUCCUGUCGGCAAGAUCCAAAUUCCAGGAAAUCCCGAGUAUGUCAACUAUCGUCGACGACUCCGCCGCCGUGGCGAUACAAACCUCGGUAUCCUGGAUGGAUCAUGCGACACUAAUGUAUCCACAGUACCAGAGAUCUUGAAUGCUAUCCUGAAUUCCUCCUGCUAUGGGCCCUGCGCUACGUUCUCAACGGCUGAGAACUACAUGUAUGCCCGCUCAGCUGAGGGCUCAGGUCCAGCAUGCUUCAGCAUGUAUGACCUCUCUCACAACUGCAACACCGUCGACCCAAUCCCGCUGCUCGAAAAGUACUUCAGUCGCACAGACGUGCAAGCAGAUCUACAUAUCCCGGAUAGUGGUACAUACACCGCGUGCAACAAUACCAUCCUUUCAACGCUUACGGGGACCGAAUUCGUCGAGCCGCCCGAGUACGCUAUCCUGCCUUCACUUGUUACAUUGUACAAUGUCUCAUUGCAUAUUUACAAUGGCGAGAUGGAUAUGCUGAUCAAUCAUGAUGGAACCGAGUUAUCGAUUCAAAACAUGACUUGGCGCGGUGAGCAGGGGUUCCAGAGCAGACCGACUCAACGGUUCUAUGUUAAUGAUGCGGCGCCUACGGCUCGAUCAAAACAAAAGAUGGCGGGGACUUGGGCUUCGGAGAGAGGCGUUUCAUAUCACCUUUUCCGGGGGCUGGCCAUAGUGUUUUUGCGACGAAGCGGAAGGAAAUGUUCGCUUUUGUACGUGAUGUUGUCGUUGGCGGGGGAGCAGAUUGAUUCUCUCGGGUUACUUGAUCCGGUGGUUUGUUUAUCGGACCAUACUUGCGCAAAGGGUUGA